CGGCUGCCCUCGUGGAUGCCUCCCGGCGGCGGCGGGCCCAUGAAAGACUGCGAGUACAGUCAGAUCAGCACCCACAGCUCCUCCCCCAUGGAGUCGCCCCACAAGAAGAAAACUGCGGCCCGGAGGAAAUGGGAAGUGUUCCCUGGAAGAAACAAGUUCUUUUGCAAUGGGAGGAUCAUGAUGGCCCGGCAGACAGGCGUCUUUUACCUGACGCUCAUCCUCAUCCUGGUCACUAGCGGACUCUUCUUUGCCUUCGACUGUCCAUACCUAGCGGUGAAGAUCACCCCCGCCAUCCCUGUGGUUGGUGGUAUCCUGUUCUUCUUUGUGAUGGGGACCCUGCUUCGCACCAGCUUCAGUGACCCCGGAGUCCUCCCGAGAGCCACACCUGAUGAGGCCGCCGACCUGGAAAGGCAAAUAGAUAUUGCAAAUGGCACCAGUUCAGGGGGGUACCGCCCGCCUCCCAGAACCAAAGAAGUUAUCAUCAAUGGCCAGACUGUGAAACUUAAGUACUGUUUCACCUGCAAGAUUUUCCGACCCCCUCGCGCCUCCCACUGCAGCCUGUGCGAUAACUGCGUAGAACGGUUUGAUCACCACUGUCCCUGGGUAGGCAACUGUGUGGGGAAAAGAAACUACAGAUUUUUUUAUAUGUUUAUUUUAUCCCUGUCUUUUCUGACAGUCUUUAUAUUUGCAUUCGUUAUCACCCACGUCAUUCUUCGUUCACAGCAAACAGGAUUCCUCAAUGCCCUUAAGGACAGCCCUGCGAGCGUGCUGGAGGCCGUGGUGUGCUUCUUCUCUGUCUGGUCCAUUGUUGGCCUCUCAGGUUUCCACACAUACUUGAUCAGCUCCAACCAGACAACGAAUGAAGAUAUUAAAGGAUCUUGGUCAAAUAAAAGAGGUAAAGAAAAUUACAAUCCCUACAGCUACGGAAAUAUCUUUACAAAUUGCUGUGUUGCCCUAUGUGGGCCCAUUUCUCCAAGCCUAAUUGACAGAAGAGGGUACAUCCAGCCCGACACCCCACAGCCAGCAGCACCUUCUGAUGGGAUCACCAUGUACGGGGCCAUGCAGUCACAGAGCGACAUGUGUGACCAAGACCAGUGCAUUCAGAGCACCAAAUUCGUUUUGCAGGCCGCAGCCACACCCCUGCUGCAGAGCGAACCUAGUCUCAUCAGCGAUGAGAUACACCUGCCGGGGAAGCCGGGCCUGGGCACACCGUGCACCAGCCUGACACUGGGCCAGCCCACACCACCCUCCUCUAUACCCAACCUCACUGCCGAGGCCACGCUCUCGGACAUUCUCCCCCUGAAGGACGAACACGGGGGCCACCAGUUCCUAACUCCAGACGAGGCACCCUCGACACCCAGGAUGCUGGGGUCAGGCAGCCCUCUGACGCACAGCCGCACCAUGCAUGUGCUGAGCCUGGCCAGCCAGGACUCUCUACAUGAAGACUCUGUGCGCGGCCUGGUGAAGCUCAGCUCCGUGUGACCCGUGUGGCGGCCCUGAGACCACAGGGCUCCUCCACAGGCAGAGGGAGCCAGCAGAGGAUGUGCCUGCGGCAGGGAGAUGACAGCCUCAGGCUUGGGAUACAAAAACCACUAAGAAAGCCACACCCCUGUGUGAUGGCAAAGAGCAGACAGGCCCCAGAUCCUCCGAGCUUACUUUUAUUUGAAAUCUCUUCCCCUCGCUGAGCACAUUGACAAAAACGAACAAACAGAGAAGUGGCUGUUUGCAGGUAUUUGGGAUCUGCAGGGUAGGCCUGGGGAGGAAGGACCUUCACUGGGUAGAGUGGAGCCUGGGAGGAAAAGAAGCUGCCUGGAUGCUACACACUGUCUGCUGCCCUUGGAACAGACACACAGAAGGUUCCUGAUACUUGUGGCCAGACUGAAAUUGCACUCAAGUGUUAUGCUACUAACAUUUGAAAUAGAUAUGCCAUUCCAUUUGUUAAUUAAAAAAAAAUCCUAAAGCGGAAAAAACCCAACCAGAUGUGGAUUUGCAUGCCACGCUACAGUCUGUGUUACAGUGGUGUUGGUAUUCCAAAGGAAAUGCUGCUUUCUUUCUUUCUUUUUUUUUUUUUUUUUCUUUUUUAAUUUUGUGGAUUUUCAAGUGCUGUUUUGUUAGAA